UGAGUCGGUGACAUUUAACCAUAGCCGCCGCCCCCCUUCUUCCUCCCUCUCACUAGUCUCCACUGUUUUCCACCUUUACGGACUGACCGCGACAGCUGCCAAUGCUUAGCUCCUCUUCGUGAAGCUGGGACAAAACUGAAGGCAUGCCGCUGGCUCGCAGCCUGUCCGUCACGUCCCUGUCGGGGCUCGACGAGUGGGACGAGGAGUUUGAGUUGGAGGAUGCCGUCCUUUUUGAAAUUGCAUGGGAGGUCGCCAACAAAGUUGGAGGCAUCUACACCGUCAUCCAGACCAAAGCCCGUCUGACCGCAGAGGAAUGGGGGGAGAACUAUUUCCUGGUGGGUCCCUACGUGGAGAGCAACGUGCGAACCCAAGUGGAGCUGAUCGAGCCGACCAAUCCCGUGCUGAAGCGGACCAUUGACAAAAUGAACGCCAGUGGCUGUAAGGUCUACUUCGGCCGCUGGCUUAUUGAAGGCAGUCCUUACGUGGUUCUGAUUGACGUGGGCUUCACUGCCUGGUCUCUGGACCGCUGGAAGAGCGAGCUGUGGGACAUGUGCGCUAUCGGCGUGCCGUGGUUCGACCGCGAGGCCAACGACGCCGUUUUGUUUGGCUUCCUCACCGCCUGGCUCCUGGGAGAGUAUGCAGCUCAGUCCGAGGAGCCGCCACAUAUUGUGGCCCAAUUCCAUGAGUGGCUGGCUGGUCUGGGCCUGGUGCUGUGCAGACACAGGCAGCUUCCCGUUGCAACCAUUUUCACCACCCAUGCUACGCUGCUGGGUCGCUACCUGUGUGCUGGAAAUGUGGACUUUUACAACAACCUCGCACAGUUCAACGUGGAUAAAGAAGCCGGGGAUCGGCAAAUCUACCAUCGCUACUGUCUGGAGCGGGCGGCUGCUCACUGCACUCAUGUCUUCACCACUGUUUCACAAAUUACAGCCAUCGAGGCCGAGUACCUGCUCAAGAGGAAACCCGACAUCGUCACUCCAAAUGGGCUCAAUGUGAAGAAAUUCUCUGCUAUGCACGAGUUUCAAAACCUCCACGCUCAGAGCAAGAGUCGCAUUCAGGAGUUUGUCAGGGGGCACUUCUAUGGGAACCUUGACUUCAAUCUGGACAAGUGUUUGUUCCUCUUCAUAGCUGGAAGGUACGAAUUCUCCAACAAAGGAGCCGACAUCUUCCUGGAAGCUUUGGCCAGACUCAACUAUCUACUGAGAGUCAACCACAGCGACGUGACCGUUAUAGCCUUCUUCAUCAUGCCAGCCCGGACCAACAACUUCAACGUGGAGACCUUAAAGGGCCAAGCAGUCAGGAAGCAGCUCUGGGAUACAGCUCAGACUGUGAAGGAGCGCUUUGGAAAGAAACUUUAUGAAUCUCUCCUAGUAGGUCAGCUGCCAGAUGUGUCAAAGAUGCUGGAUAAGGAGGACUUCACCAUAAUGAAGCGCGCCAUCUUUGCGACUCAGAGGCAGUGCCAGCCUCCAGUCUGCACCCACAACAUGCUGGAGGACAGCAGCGACCCCAUCCUUAAUUGUGUCCGCCGCAUCGGCCUUUUCAACAGCUCUGCUGACCGAGUCAAGAUCAUCUUCCACCCAGAGUUCCUUUCGUCCACUUCUCCUCUGCUUCCCAUGGAUUAUGAGGAGUUUGUCAGAGGCUGCCACCUUGGUGUCUUCCCUUCUUACUAUGAGCCUUGGGGUUAUACACCAGCUGAGUGCACAGUGAUGGGUAUUCCAUCUAUAUCAACUAAUCUCUCAGGCUUUGGAUGCUUCAUGGAGGAACACAUAGCAGACCCCUCAGCGUAUGGUAUUUACAUCCUUGACCGACGCUACAAGGGAGUCGACGAGUCGUGCAACCAGCUCACCUCCUUCCUUUUCCAGUUCUGCAAGCAGAGCCGACGCCAGCGGAUCAUCCAGAGGAACCGCACAGAGCGCCUGAGUGACCUCCUUGACUGGAGAUACCUUGGCAGGUAUUAUAUAGCUGCCCGUCACAUGGCCUUGGCUAAAGCCUUUCCUGACACCUACGCAUAUGAUCCUCAUGAGCCCGCCUCGGCUUCAGGCUUCCGCUACCCCCGGCCGGCCUCUGUGCCUCCAUCGCCGGCCCUGUCCCGUCACUCCUCCCCACACCACAGCGAGGCUGAAGACAACGACGAGGACGAGCGCUACGACGAGGACCUGGAGGCCGAAAAGGACAGGGUGAACAUCCGCCAGCCCUACAACCUGCCGGUUAAAGGCAAAGCCGUCCUCGGAGCCGACGAGAACGGAGAAGACGAGGCGAGCGAGAAGAACUGAGGCGCGCGCACACACACCCGUAUGCGUCACAAUACAUGCUGAACCUCACUAGUGAAACGUCAUCUGUUGCAAUCAUUAGUCAUCCUUGCACUACAAACUUGAUAAAUGGGUGCGGCUGUGUUCAUGCUUGAUGAAUUUAGUAGUGGCUUUCUGUGAAAAAGAAAAAUGCCUCGUUUUGUCUGUCUUCCCCAACCAAUGCGUACCUCAGAACCGUCAGCCAGUUUUUUGGUUUCAUUUCAAAUACACCAGCACUGCAACCAGUAGUAGGCUGAAGAGAUUAAAACAGCAACCAGUGAACUAAAAUGAUAGCCAAACCCUGUGUUUCUGGAGUAGAGAACUAAACGUGAAUAAUUUAGAUCUAAAGCAUCGAUAAGCUAACAGAAUUGAUUAACAACAUUAAUUUCUGCUUGAUUCUAACCAGGGUCAAAGCCAGGAGAAAACAAACGGCAUAAACCUCCAUCUUUUCACCAGCUUGUCUUUGUGUGCAAAGCAAAGAGAUUCUCCUUUGUUUUAGGUUUCUUGUAAAAUCCUUGUUAAUCACAAAAUGUCCCAGAUUGGAAAUGAGAUGGAGCGCACACACACACACACACACACACACACACACACGCCCAGUAACAAGUAGCAUCAGAUAUGAGAUGACGAAACCUCUCCUUCAGCUCAGUGUCACAUGUUUUCAUUGUUUGUUUGUUUUUUGCCUUAUUGUGUCAGUUUUCUCAUGAUGAUUACUAAUGAACAACAUUUCACAUCUGUUUAACAUAUGCACUUGUGUGGAGAUAGUUUAUGAUGGUCAAGGAAGUACUGUGAAAAGAAGUGUUUGUGGAAAAGAAGGGAAGAUGAACUUGUGCUUUAGGAGCGGAGUCACGAUGAAGGUUGGAUGAUGAUGGCUUUACCAGGGGGUGUCUUGUCACUGUCAAUCCUCAGUAUGGAUGCAUACCGUUUUGCUCCAGCGUUGCACCAGAUGAACGUCAAAUAAAAUUAAGAGAUCUGUUAGUAUUUUACAAAUGA